AUGAAACUGCGAUCGCUGCGAUGUUAUUGGCUGCUGGUUGCAAUUCGAAAGACUGUUCUGUCAACUAUGGCGGCCCUUGUAAUUCGAGGGCAAAUGAAACUAAUUUUUUACCAGAGAUUAUACAACAUAACUAAAAAUAAUGUCAAUGGAAUUAACGUUAACGAAGGAUUGAAAAUAUCUUGGUAUCAACGCCAGUUAUUUCAUGCAACUAAAUGGUGUAGUAGGAGUAAACUAUCUAAGGAAGUGAAAACAUUACGUCCUUUGAAAUAUCCUGUAAAAACGAAAAUGCAACAGCUAGAGCCGGUAAAAGUAUGGAAGAAUAUGACUGUCGCGGAACUAGCACAAGCUGCAGAAAAGGAUAUAAGUCAAGUAUUUGAGGCGAUGGAAUUUACGAGUGGUUAUAAAUUCUAUAAGAAGAGUGACUCUGUUAUAAAUGAUCUAACAGAAAUCAUACAAAUCGUUAAAAUAUUUGACAGGAGAGUUGUAUGCGUAUCGCCAUCCAGUGAUACAGAGUUUGACGAGAACCCAGAUCUAGAUGCAGUAAGGCGGCCUCCACCAAAUCCAGAUGUUCUGGUAAAACGACAUCCAGUAGUUACAGUCAUGGGCCACGUUGACCAUGGAAAAACAACAUUGUUAGACUCGCUACGUAGCACAGCAGUUGUGGACUCUGAGUUUGGUGGGAUAACUCAACACAUUGGAGCGUUUAAUGUUACCUUUGACACCAACGGAAGGAUAACUUUUUUGGACACCCCUGGACAUGCAGCAUUCAGUGCAAUGAGAGCUCGAGGUGCACAUGUUACAGAUAUUGUUAUUCUAGUCGUAGCCGCGGAUGAUGGAGUUAUGGAACAAACAAUUCAGAGUAUUCAAAUGGCAAAGGACGCUAAAGUGCCGAUAAUCGUAGCAAUAAACAAGAUCGAUAAGCCAGAAGCUGAUAUUGAACGAACAAAGACAAUGCUCGCACAAAAUGGCAUACAAGUAGAAGAUCUAGGUGGAGAAGUACAGAGCAUAAAUAUUUCAGCGUUGAAAAAAAUUAAUUUGACUGAUCUCAUUGAAGCAAUCGUAGCACAAGCAGAAAUAAUGAGUCUCCAGGGAGAUCCUACAGGUUUUGUGGAAGCAGUUGUAAUUGAGGCAUCCAAUGAUCCAAGACGUGGGAAGCUGGCAACUGUAUUGAUUCAGCGUGGUACCCUUAGAAAAGGAUCUAUUCUCGUGUGUGGAAAAGCCUGGGCCAAAGUUAGGUCAAUGUUUAAUGAAGAUGGUAAACUUGUGACGGAAGGUAAGUUGUCCGAGGCUGUACAGGUAAUCGGAUGGCGCGAAAUGCCAGUUGCUGGGGAUGAGAUCCUCGAAGUUGAGAGCGAAAAGCGAGCCAAAAGUGUAAUAAAGUACAGGACGAGUCAGGAGUUUGAGAAGAAGGCCAAGGAGCACGCAAAAGCUGCAGAAGAAAAACACCAACAAUACCUUGUUGAAUAUAGAGAUAAAUUAUCAAAAAGAAGAGCAAUGGGAAUAAAAUAUGGAGGCGCAGAAAGGCGUCUGCAACAAAAACAAGAACCCCACAAUGAUGGAUCACCCAAGGUUAAUGUCAUCAUCAAAGGUGAUGUUGGUGGAUCUGUUGAAGCUAUAUUAGAUGUACUGGAUACUUACUCUACAGCAGACGAGUGCCAGCUAAACCUAAUUCAUUAUGGUGUCGGAAACGUGACAGAGACGGAUAUUGAUUUAGCGAAUGCAUUUAACGCCAUAAUAUAUAGCUUCAACGUUGAGACACCGCGUAAAGUUGGAAUUCAAGCCAAGGAGAAUGGUGUCCAGAUCCGGCCAUUUAACAUCAUCUACAAACUCAUCGACGAUUUAAAAGAGGAAAUAAGUAGCAAGCUUCCUGUGCUUCAACAAGAAAAAAUUCUUGGUGAAGCAAAUGUUUUGGAACAAUUUGAGAUAUCUGACGGAAGGAAAAAAAAAGCUUACGUAGCUGGAUGUCGAUGUGUAAAAGGAAUCCUAAAAAAAUCUGCAUUGUUCAAAUUAGUACGUGGAAACGAAGUGAUUCACUCAGGAUCCUUAAAAUCGUUAAGGCACGUCAAGUCUGAAGUUGAUACCAUUAAAAACGGGGUGGAAUGUGGUCUCAGACUGGACGAUCCUGAGGUUACAUUUCAGUCUGGUGAUACUCUGGUUUGCUACACUUUGGUUGACGUAGAGCAGAAAUGUGCAUGGAAUCCUGGAUUUUAAUUUACACAUUGUAAAGAUUUAUUACCGGUAAAUAAUUAUGAUUUAAAAAUUUGUUAUACAAAACGA